AUGUACUCUUCUCUUCUUUUGGUUUUUGUCUGUGCCGCUUUCGCCACCAUGAAUGAGACGAAGCCACCGAUGCCGGGAGCCCCCAUUGACAUCAAGGAUCCAAACAAUGAUCAAGAGCACAUGAAUCGCGUUUGGGGAGCCGUUAACGGUGAAUUAAACAAUCAAGCCAGCAACAACGGACCCUAUCACUUUGUUCCAAUUAAGAUUCUAUCUGCCAAGUCGCAAGUGGUGGCCGGAAUGAAGCACAUCUAUGAGGUCCUUGUUGGCGAGAGCAACUGCAAAAAAGGAGAAAUGCAAGCCACCGAGCUCACACAAGCCAACUGCAAGCUCCGUGAUGGAGCCAAUCGAGCCAUCUACAACUUGUCGGUGUGGGAGCGACCAUGGGACAACUUCACUCAAUACACCGCAGAGAAAGUUCGCACUGUUGAUGCCAAGGAAACCUUC